UUUUGUAGAACUAUAAUAAAAACCACAGAGCAGCCGAAACUCAGAUAAUCUGGCGGACCACCACCAAUACCUCCAAUCAUAAAAACCCCCCCUUUACUCUCUCUGCUUCAAUCUGACUGAAACAUACUCGUCAUACAUAUUCAAGGCUCAUGGAUUUGUGGGACCUAGCUGGCGGUGUUUUUAACCACUGCUAGCUAUUUGUUGGUGGCCUCUUAGGAUGUUGCAGACAUGGUGAAUAGAUGGAAGCACAAAAUUCUGAACAUGGUCAUAUAAUUGAAGUCUCUGGAGAUGUGCCAGCAGUGGGAACAAGUCUGUCUGGGAGUAAGAUUUGUGGGGAAGCAGCAUGUGGGUUUUCAGAUGCAAAAACCAGUUCCAGAGAUGCCAUGGAACGGUCAGCAUCCAUGCGGAAGCUUUUGAUGGCUGUUGUACUCUGUGUCAUUUUCAUGAGUGUAGAAGUUGCCGGAGGUAUUAAAGCCAACAGUCUUGCAAUUUUGACUGAUGCAGCUCAUCUGCUGUCCGAUGUAGCUGCAUUUGCAAUAUCGCUGUUCUCGCUCUGGGCAGCAGGAUGGGAGGCAACUCCACGACAGUCUUAUGGUUUCUUCAGAAUUGAAAUAUUGGGUGCUCUUGUUUCCAUCCAAAUGAUAUGGCUUCUUGCUGGAAUCCUUGUUUAUGAAGCCAUCGCUAGAAUUGUUAAUGAUACUGGUGAGGUUCAAGGCUUUCUUAUGUUUGUUGUUUCUGCAUUUGGUUUAGUGGUUAAUAUUGCCAUGGCUCUCUUGUUGGGACAUGAUCAUGGUCAUGGCCAUGAUCAUGCACAUGGUGGACAUGAUCAUGGCCACGGUGAUCAUGGUCAUAGCCACGGGGGUCAUGAUGAAAUGCAUAGCCAUGGGAUAACCAUUACCACACACCCUCAUCAUCAUAAUCAUGAUCAUGGGGGUCAUUCCAAACACGAUGAGCACCAUCACGCGUACAAAGCAGAUCACACUGAACCUCUGCUGAAGACAUGCUGUGAAGGUGAAAAGCAGUCAGAGGAUGGAGCACCAUCAAAGCACGAUGCGCACCAUCAUAAACAUGGCGGACAUUCCAAACACGAAGAGCGCCACCAUGCGUACAAAGCAGAUCACACUGAGCCUCUGCUGAAGACAUGCUGUGAAGGUGAAAAGCAGUCAGAGGAUGGAGCUAAACAGAAGAAGAAGAAGUGGAACAUUAAUGUACAAGGGGCUUAUCUUCAUGUACUUGGGGAUUCCAUUCAAAGUGUUGGUGUUAUGAUUGGUGGGGCAAUUAUAUGGUAUAAGCCUGAGUGGAAGAUUAUUGAUGUAAUAUGCACCCUUGUAUUUUCCGUGGUUGUGCUAGUCACAACAAUCAGGAUGCUGCGGAACAUUCUGGAGGUUUUGAUGGAGAGCACGCCUCGAGAAAUCGAUGCCACAAAGCUUGAGAAAGGUCUCUGUGAGAUGGAUGAGGUAGUUGCUAUCCAUGAGCUGCACAUUUGGGCCAUAACCGUGGGGAAAGUCUUAUUGGCUUGCCAUGUUAUAGUCAAGCCUGAGGCUGAUGCUGACAUGGUACUGGACAAGGUUAUAGACUAUAUCCGAAGAGAGUACAACAUCAGUCAUGUGACUAUUCAGAUAGAGCGCCAGUAGAUCCAGAGAGAGAGUAAUCAAUAAUAGGUAUAAUGUUGCAAACGGUUGUCUUUCAAGUAUCAAUUCUUUUCUAUAUGCGGUGAUCAUGUCUGCUAUGAUGGUCUUUUUUAGUAACGCGUGUAUUGUGGACGGGAAAUUCUUAAUUGAGUGGAUUUCUUCAUGCAACAACUUUGCUUCAUGCUUUCACCUUUCUAUUUUUGCCUCUGUAAUCAGUUGCUAUGACGGAUCUUAGAGAAAAUGCAAUUGUAAGGGAUCUCGAUCCUAAAUUGAUGAGGCUGUGAGCCCGUUGUUCUGUUUUUGAUGUGGUGCCAGUUUUAAUACAGAUGGUCUUGGCCUCUCCUGUAGAGAUAAGCAAUGGCUUUUGAGGGGUCAGUGAAUAGGCUUUGUGCUGAUUAGUAUUGUAGUAUUUAGUGGGUGCUCAGUAACAAAGUAUAAAGGAGUCUUGAAAGAGGUUCUAUUUGCAUCUUUAUCUCUCAUACA